AGGCAAUCAAAAUGGGAUACUCGCCGGACGAACCCAUGAGACUAGCUCCAAUGAGAAGUUUCAACGACUUCUUGGCUGAAGCUUCGCGAUUCAGUUUGCCAAAUUUCAAGGAUAUCCGUCGUGCGAAUGCGCGAAUUAUUGCGAACCUCUUGUACUACCAAACAAAUUAUUUCCUCUCGUUUCUUCUAAUAUUCACACUUUCGUUCUUCUCAAAACCAAGAGAAGUUUCUCUCGGGAUGAUAACGUUCGCAGUCAUCUUGUCUCUCUCAUGGUACUUCUCGACGAACGCAAAUUUUCAGAAAUUCCGGAGAGACCAUCCGAUUGUGACCAUCCUCAUGGUCAGUGCAAUCGUAUUCUUUGUUGCAAGGCUUGCCGGAUGCAUAUUUGCCUUCGGUUUUGCGUUCCUGUUGCCAGUGUUGCUUAUAUUUCUGCACGCAAUGACCAGGAUGAGGAAUACGAAAAACAAGUUGACGAACAAGCUAGAAGAGCUUGGAUUGAGCCAGCCGACGCCAAUGGGAGCAAUCCUGGAAUAUUUUGGGGAAGAUAGGCGAUUUGCCGGAUUCCUGAAUCUUGACUAGUGCUUUCGAGUUGGUCAUUUUCAUUGAUCAUUUUAACAUUGACUCCGAUUUGGCAUUGCAAAACUUAUUCAUAUUGAAUAGUGACUUCAGUUUAAGUUAUUGAGCUGCUUCGGUUUGAUUUCGAAGGAGUGGAUGGAAAUUGAGUCUCAGCGUGUUUUUGGCUUUACA